AGAGAUCAAUGCAUGACACGAGAAACAAAGACGUCCCCAAAUUAACAUCCCUUGCUACUCCCUCUAAUGUCAUUAUAUUUUCCCAUGAAAUGGUAUGAAAUGCAAAUGCAUGAUAUUGCAUACAACAAUCGUGCCACCAACAAUCAAGGAGGCAGCUAGAGAACAAAGCAGAUCGAUCGCUGCUAUAGGUAUUUAUGCUAGCGUAUUUUGACAAGGCAAGCAAAAAUACCGGAGAAAUCAACAGAAAAGGGGGGAGGUAUAGUUCCUCUAGCCCCUCCAGAAAUUAUGGCUCUGCAUGGACCAGAGAUUCAAACAUUUUUUGCUACACCCCAGAAUGUUGUGUCGAUGAUCCAGAUUUAUCUUGCGAUCUCCAGAUAUUUGUAAUGUUUACGAACGACUGCCUCAUCAUCAUGACCAUCCGUGGCUGCAACGGCGCUCAGCCGUAACUAAUCCCUACCGUGAUGACUGAACGACAAGCUCAAAACAACUGAUAGCAUCUACCACUGACGGGGCUCCAGAGUCCGUGGUCCCACAGUCUGACUGGCCCUCUAAAACACUCCAGAAGAGAGAGAGAUCGUCUAGGUCUAGAGACCGCCGCCGCGGUUCCGUAGACUGCCAAGCCCACGAAAACACUGAAGAAGGACUUCACAUAGUUACGUGAAUCAAGGAAAACUAAUAUAUACCCCACAAGAAAACUUACCUACGUCGAUAUCCCCCACGACUAUAUAUUUUUUUUUAUUGUGCAAUUUGCGUGAACGAUGGCAAAUCAAGCAGAGCCUGUGCUGGCUGGUGUGGGGCACACAAUAUUGGUGCUAUCUGGGAAAGGUGGUGUUGGAAAGAGCACAGCCACAGUUCAGCUUGCUGCCACCCUCAGGGCAAAGGGUCACUCUGUCGGGGUGCUGGACAUUGACCUGUGCGGCCCCUCAAUACCCCGCAUGCUGGGUGCUGAGGGACGGGAUGUGCUGACCACUCCUGAAGGAAAAUGGAUUCCAGUGACCAUAGAUGAAGAAAAACGAUUAAGUGUCAUAUCCAUUGCUUUCUUUUUGGACUCCAAGAGUGAUGCCAUCAUCUGGAGAGGACCAAAGAAAAAUGCUAUGAUCAAACAGUUGCUGACAAGUGUUGCUUGGAAUGUCGACUACCUGAUUAUUGACACCCCCCCAGGCACAUCCGAUGAGCACAUCUCACUCAUGGAGAACAUAAGGGAAGCACCUGUGAUGGGUGCUGUGCUGAUCACUACACCUCAAAUGGUCGCAGUGGAUGAUGUCACAAGGGAACUCACUUUCUGCAAACGAACAGGGAUCAAUGUCCUUGGCAUUAUUGAAAACAUGUCAGGCUUCAUCUGUCCUACUUGUUCUGAGUGCAGUAACAUCCUGGCCAGUGGGGGCGGGCAGCAGCUUGCUGAAAAGUCUGGCAUCACCUUCUUGGGGAGCAUCCCUAUUGACCCAACACUUUCUCGCUGCACUGAGGAGGGAUUAAACUACAUUGAUAAAUUUGCAAACUCUCCAAUCAGCCAGAUAUAUCACACUAUUGUCACAAAACUGACAAGACAAACAGAUGAAGAAAUGGAGGUGGAAAAAUAACAAGAAGUAUUUUCUUUUGUAGAAGAGACCAUCAGGUGAUCUACUUUUUGCUUAUAUUUUUAUGUAUAUUUUCAUCACUCAUGUUAUUUGAAAAUUUAGCAAUCAGUCUAUCACAUGCCUGAAUACUUUAAAUCAUUAUGCAUAUAAAAAAAAAAUCUUUUCUUGAGCUCCUUAUCCUUAUGAUGUUUAAGGCAUCCUUGGUGUUGUGAAGGUACUUAGAAAAUUGGUCUUUUUACUUCCACUUUCAGUCACCGAGAAAUAAUUGUCAUGAGUAGGCAUCACCAUUGUUUGGAGCUUUUAUUGUACAUGCCAAGAAGUUGUUCUGCUGAAGAUGCUUUCUAUAGAUAAUGGAUUAUUGUUACAAGCUCUUAUAUUGUGGCUAUGGUAUUUGAAUAUAAAAAUAUGAAAUGAUCUAUAA